UGGUGGCAGAACUUAAAGCCCGAGGCCACCCGUGUACGGGAACAGUCAUGGCGGCCUUGCAGGAGAAGAAGACGUGUGGCCAGCGGAUGGAGGAGUUCCGGCACUAUUGCUGGAACCCGGACACGGGCCAGAUGCUGGGGCGCACGCCCGGGCGCUGGGUGCUGAUCAGCCUGUACUACGUGGGCUUCUACGUGGUCAUGACCGGCCUGUUUGCCCUGAGCCUGUACGUGCUCAUGUGGACCAUCGACCCCUACACACCGGAUUACCAGGACCAGCUCAAGUCACCAGGGGUGACGCUGCGGCCGGACGUGUAUGGCGAGCACGGCCUGGACAUCUCCUACAACCUGUCCAGCCCUGACAGCUGGAGAGGCCUCGUGCUCACACUGCACAACUUCUUGGCAGGCUACUCGCCGGAGCUCCAGGAACAUAACCUGAACUGCACGGAGGAGGGCUACUUCCUGCAGCCCAGCUUCCGGGCCCCGAACCACACCAAGUUCUCCUGCAGGUUCACGGCCGACAUGUUGCACAACUGCUCUGGCCAACAGGACCCCAGCUUCGGCUUCAUGGAGGGGAAGCCCUGCUUCCUGCUGAAGAUGAACAGGAUUGUGGGGUUCCUCCCUGGUAACACCACGGUGCCCAGAGUGGACUGCGCCUUCCUGGACCCAGCCCGCCAGCACCAGGAGCCUCUGCAGGUGGCCUUCUACCCCCCCAACGGCACCUUCGACCUGCACUACUUCCCUUACUACGGCAGGAAGGCCCAGCCCACCUAUACCAACCCGCUAGUGGCCGCAAAGCUGCUCAAUGUGCCCCGGAACACGGAGGUGGACAUUGUGUGCCGGGUCCUGGCCGAGCAUGUGACCUCCGACAACCCCCACGACCCAUACGAGGGCAAAGUGGAGUUCAAGCUGCAGAUCCAGGAGGGGGGUACACCCCUGUCCCCCACCCCCACACGUCGCCUGAGCCCCCCGGGACCCAUGACAGACAAUAAAGGUUAAAGCUGCGUCACUGCUGGGGCUCCAGUGCUCGGCCAGCUCCUCAGGGGCGAGGGAUGGGGGCCGGGGGUGGCUGUGGGCACCACACAGCAGGUACACAGCCCACUGAGCCGCCUUGCCAGCCCUCAGACAGCUCUAACACUCUGGGUGUUGGGGGGCUUGCCUGGAAGAGCACUGCCCCCCCAGAUGCUGGGACUGAGCCCCAAGGAUGGCAGUGCCAGCUGUGCUGUGCCAACCUCCUCUCUCCAGCCCCCCACGCCCUUGCCCUCGCCAGCCUAGGCCUUGAGCAGGACGUCACACCUCCCACUCACGUGGCCACAAGCCACAGAUGACAGGUGGCCCAGCGCCAGA